GUCAAACAAAGUAACCACCCUGUUUGAAAAAUGUCGCACGUCGUACGAGUUGUCGCACGGUUUUGAUUUUACCGUUUCGAUAUCGAUUGGUCGAAAGGACGACAAACGUACGCCAAACACUCGACAUGCCCGACAUUGUUUUUUCCAUCGAUUUUCUUUCAAUUCGACGUCACGAUUUUCGUCGACGCAAACAGUUUGACAGUUCUCUUCAGUUGAUCUUGUUCCGUGUCUUGUUCGGACUUGAUUGCAACCGAAUCGAACCAGCUGUCGUUCCUUUUGGGAUUUGGUUUACGAGCUUCGAAGAUUUUGGACGAUUUUCGACGGAUAGUAGGUAAGUUUAGUUCUAGAUUGUGAUAUUUUUGCUGCCGAAAUGUUCCGGCCGGGGUGCGCGAGUGACCGAAUCAAAGUGUCUUCUAUUCCAGAUUUCGGUCUUCGUGGCGGAAGACGAGAUGGGAAGGAACCGGUUUGCGAUCGAGGUAGCGGUUGGUGUUUUACUUUCCGCGGGAGGUUGGGGCACAUACCUGAUGAAACUGGCAACAAACGUAUUCCAAUCAGAUCCUGCCGUCCACGUGUGGUCCCGCGUUGCAUCCGUAGAACCCACGGAAGUAACCACGUUGUUUCGUACGCAUACUCCACAAACCCACAUUGUCUCGUACUCCGGUGGCCAUCAAUUCGACGAUCAAUUCGUCGGAGAUCCAAGAUUGUCUUCGCAUCCCUGUACAACUUUGAUCAGCUCGUCGGGGAUCAAAAGUCCAGCACCAAAAUGCUGCCAGGAGAACACCAAUCCAAGCCCGAAGCUGCGGUCAAGGAAAAUCAAGGAAUUUUGAGAAGAAUCUGCGAUCCGAAAGUUUAAUUGAGUGAAAAAGCUAAUAUUAUUGUGAAAUUUUGUGCGUCUGAAUAAAAAAAAAAAAAAACAAAACCACAUGUUUUUAACUGCAACAUAACCUAAAAAUUAGAAUUGACAGCACACGACAAUGGCACGACAUCCUAAAUAACAAAACCGUGCGACGUCGGUCGAAUGUCGUACGACAAUGUCGUACAAUUUCGAUUAUCGAUCGCACGACAAAUACGACAUUUUGGUGCAAAAACGUAUGACAUUUGCGCGACAGUCGCACGACAUUGUCGUGCGACGUCGUACGAAUGCACGGACGACAAACGACGGACGUCCGACGGACUUUUCAGUCAGGGCAUC